AAUCGUGGGACUCAGAGCACUUCAGCUCCCACUGCUUUAUGUUUAGAGUUGCCUCUCUUUCAAGAUGGAUUUCCUUCAUAGGAAUGGAGUGCUCAUUAUUCAGCAUUUGCAGAAGGACUACCGAGCUUACUACAAUUUUCUAAGUUUUAUGUCCAAUGUUGGAGACCCUCGGAAUAUCUUUUCUAUUUAUUUUCCACUUUGGUUUCAACUUAAUCAGACAGUUGGAACCAAGAUGAUAUGGGUAGCAGUUGUUGGGGAUUGGUUCAAUCUUAUUUUUAAAUGGAUAUUAUUUGGUGACCGGCCUUACUGGUGGGUCCAAGAAACUCAGAUCUACCCAAAUCACUCAAGUCCAUGCCUUGAACAGUUUCCCACAACAUGUGAAACAGGCCCAGGAAGUCCUUCUGGUCAUGCAAUGGGUUCAUCGUGUGUCUGGUAUGUCAUGGUGACGGCUGCCCUGAGCCACAGUGUCAGUCACAUAGAUAAGUCAUCUGCCACUCUGCACAGACUGACCUGGUCAUUUCUUUGGAGUCUUUUUUGGUUGAUUCAAAUCAGUGUCUGCAUCUCCAGAGUAUUCAUAGCAACACAUUUUCCUCAUCAAGUUAUUCUCGGAGUGAUUGGUGGCAUGCUCGUGGCAGAGGCCUUUGAACAUACUCCUGGCAUCCAAACGGCCAGCCUGAGCACAUACUUGAAGACCAACCUCUUCCUCUUCCUGUUUGCACUUGGUUUUUACCUGCUUCUCAGACUGCUUGACAUUGACCUGCUCUGGUCUGUGCCCAUAGCCAAGAAGUGGUGUGCCAACCCCGACUGGAUCCACAUUGACACUACACCUUUUGCUGGACUUGUGAGAAACCUCGGGGUCCUCUUUGGACUGGGCUUUGCAAUCAACUCAAAGAUGUUCCUCAGGAGCUGCCGAGGGGAAAAUGGCUAUAAGCUGAGCUUCCGCCUACUCUGUGUCAUGGCCUCGUUGACCACACUACAGCUCUACCAUUUCAUCAAGAUCCCCACUCAUGAAGAGCAUUUAUUUUAUGUGCUGUCUUUCUGUAAAAGUGCAUCCAUCCCACUGACUGUGGUUGCUCUGAUUCCCUACUGUAUUCAUAUGCUAAUGAAACCAAGUGAAAAGAAGAUUAAUUAGAAUUGUGCAGAAUUAGUGCUCUGUGGUGCCAGGACAA